AUUAAUAUGGUUAAUGCAGGAGAGAUGAAUGGUUCUGGUAACCUGAUGGAUUUCCUUGAUGAGCCUUUUCCUGACGUUGGGACCUAUGAGGACUUCCACACCAUUGACUGGUUACGGGAAAAGUCCCGUGACACAGAUAGGCAUAGGAAGAUAACUAGCAAAAGCAAAGAAUCCAUAUGGGAGUUCAUCAAAAGCUUACUGGACGCCUGGUCAGGAUGGGUUGUGAUGCUCCUCAUUGGUCUCUUAGCAGGCACUUUGGCUGGAGUCAUAGACUUGGCUGUGGACUGGAUGACAGAUCUAAAAGAAGGUGUUUGCCUAUCUGCAUUUUGGUACAGCCAUGAGCAGUGCUGCUGGACAUCCAACGAGACUACUUUUGAAGACAGGGACAAGUGUCCGUUGUGGCAGAAAUGGUCCGAGCUUCUGGUAAAUCAAUCAGAGGGUGCCAGCGCAUACAUUUUGAACUACUUUCUGUACAUACUGUGGGCUCUAUCUUUUGCAUUUUUGGCUGUCUCCUUAGUCAGGGUGUUUGCACCAUAUGCCUGUGGCUCUGGUAUUCCAGAGAUAAAGACCAUCUUGAGUGGCUUUAUUAUAAGAGGCUACUUGGGGAAGUGGACGCUUUUAAUCAAAACAGUGACCCUAGUGCUGGUAGUAUCUUCUGGCCUCAGCCUUGGAAAGGAAGGCCCUUUGGUCCACGUGGCUUGUUGCUGUGGUAACUUCUUCAGUAGCCUGUUUUCUAAGUAUAGCAAGAAUGAGGGAAAGAGGAGAGAGGUACUUUCAGCGGCAGCUGCUGCUGGUGUCUCUGUCGCCUUUGGUGCCCCCAUUGGGGGUGUACUUUUCAGUCUCGAAGAGGUCAGUUACUAUUUUCCCUUAAAGACCCUCUGGAGGUCAUUUUUUGCUGCCCUGGUGGCUGCUUUUACACUGAGGUCCAUCAAUCCCUUUGGGAACAGUCGUCUGGUUCUCUUUUAUGUGGAAUACCACACGCCCUGGUACAUGGCUGAACUUUUCCCCUUCAUCCUCCUCGGUGUCUUUGGGGGCCUCUGGGGGACCCUUUUCAUUCGCUGUAACAUUGCCUGGUGUAGAAGACGGAAGACCACACAGCUAGGAAAGUAUCCUGUGUUGGAGGUCAUCGUGGUGACAGCCAUCACCGCCAUAAUUGCUUACCCUAAUCCGUACACUCGCCAGAGCACCAGUGAGCUCAUCUCGGAGCUGUUCAAUGAUUGCGGAGCCUUGGAGUCCUCCCAGCUCUGUGAUUACAUCAAUGACCCUAACAUGACCAGGCCUGUGGAUGACAUUCCUGAUAGACCAGCCGGGGCUGGGGUUUAUACUGCCAUGUGGCAGCUGGCUUUAGCCCUCAUCUUCAAAAUCAUCAUUACAAUAUUUACUUUUGGCAUGAAGAUCCCUUCAGGCCUUUUCAUUCCCAGCAUGGCUGUGGGAGCCAUGGCGGGCAGAAUGGUGGGGAUAGGAGUGGAACAGCUGGCUUAUCACCACCAUGACUGGAUCAUCUUCAGGAACUGGUGCCGUCCUGGAGCAGACUGUGUCACUCCUGGACUCUACGCCAUGGUGGGAGCUGCAGCCUGCCUAGGUGGUGUUACCAGGAUGACUGUCUCUCUGGUGGUGAUUAUGUUCGAACUGACAGGAGGUCUGGAGUACAUCGUGCCGCUGAUGGCUGCGGCCGUGACGAGCAAGUGGGUAGCAGAUGCCUUUGGGAAGGAAGGGAUCUACGAGGCGCACAUCCACUUAAACGGGUACCCGUUUCUGGACGUGAAGGACGAGUUCACCCACAGGACGCUGGCCACGGACGUCAUGAGGCCCAGGCGCGGGGAGCCACCGCUCUCUGUGCUCACGCAGGACAGCAUGACGGUGGAGGACGUCGAGACGCUGAUCAAAGAGACCGAUUACAACGGCUUCCCCGUGGUGGUUUCCAAAGACUCGGAGCGCCUCAUUGGUUUUGCCCAGAGGAGAGAACUCAUCCUCGCCAUAAAAAAUGCCAGGCAGCGGCAGGAUGGGAUCGUGAGCAAUUCCAUCAUGUACUUCACUGAAGAGCCACCUGAGCUGCCUGCGAAUAGCCCUCAUCCUCUGAAGCUGAGGCGCAUUCUGAACCUGAGCCCCUUCACAGUCACUGACCACACGCCCAUGGAGACGGUGGUGGACAUCUUUCGGAAGCUGGGACUCCGGCAAUGCUUGGUGACCCGAAGUGGGAGGCUGCUGGGCAUCAUAACGAAAAAGGAUGUGCUAAGACAUAUGGCUCAGAUGGCAAAUCAGGACCCUGAAUCCAUCAUGUUCAAUUAGGCCCCUCAUACUUUUAAGGCAUGUGAAUAUUACUUUGGAGAAAAACAAAAAAGGCUACAUCAUCAUUUUUUUCUUUUUAAAGGAAACAGCUAUAUGUCACAAAACCAAAAUGAAAAAACCUUACCCAGAGGGAGCAGCGUGAAACCAAACUCCAAAAGGGGUUGAGGAAGGAUGAGAAUUUUAUUAAGUCAUUGGGUAGAUAGGUUAGCACUUUAACCCUCUACAAGUUCCAAACUGUGUUUCCCUAAAGUGUUUACUAACAGCUCAACUGGUACGCAGGUAAAUGUAAAUAGUGUGGCCUACACAUAGCAAAGAAGGAAAAAUAACACUAAAGGAACAUAUCAACCUAGAGGGCUUUGUGGGAGGCCUUCACUUAGGAACAAAUGUGAAGCUUCAAAUUCAAAAGCCUAGAGGAAUAAGUAUGUAAAUCUCUAUUUAUUUGUAACUGAAGUUUUGUUGCUUUGUUACUGAAUCAUAAAAAGACAUUUGUUACUUAUUUUAUUUUAAAAAAUUAAAUUUGGAGAGACUUAGAGAUGUAAGUAUGGAAAGAAAUCUACUCAUGGAAAGUCUUUUUCUCUUCUCACAUAUAGUUAUUUUGGUCACUCAGUUGUUACAUAGCCGUCACCAUGGCUGAGUGUUAAAAUCAAAGACAUUUGUUUAGAAGAAUGACUCUCUACUCUAUGCAAGACUUCGAUCUUAAAACUGCACUAUGAAAGUUUUCUUGAGUUUGAUUCUGGAUCGCAUUAUCCUCUACAGAAAGAAAUACAUUCUUAUUUUGAAGGCAUCCAAAGCUGGUGAUUUAUUUGAAUCCGGGUUGCAUUAGCCUAAUUUCUUUACUCCUGUUGAUUAAAUCUUCUUAAAUACUACUCAGUUCAGCAUGGGACAACAGAAAUGUUUUUGGUGGGUUAGAAGAGUUCGUGACACCAGCAUACAAUGAAAACUUGCUCUAAGUUCCAAAUGGGGCAUAUAGCAUCAAAAUAGGUUAGCCACUGUUAGUACCUUUUUUUAAUCACAGAUCUUUUUAAUUACCAUAGUUAAAUAAAGUAAGUAAAGGUUCAUAAUGGAAAGCCACUCUAAGCCUGCUGAAAAAAUAAAAAUAAGAACAAGUCUCUAAAUAAAUAAUAAAUCCUUCCCAUUCUGUUCUCUCAGGAGUGCAACAUGGACCAGCAGUUUCAGUAUGUUCUUUUAAACUGAGCAGUGAAAUCUCAUAAACAUCAGUCUUGUUUCAACCUCCUGGUUCCCUUUUCCAUAGGUUGGGUGUCCUUGAAAUGUAAAGUAAAUAGAAUAUACUUUUUCUUUUCCAUUUAGGGCUGUAAUUUGGGGAAAUAAAGAUUAUGGUGUCUUCAGGAUUAAACAAUGGCACAAUCAUCUUAGGUGGAAUUUGUCAAAUUACUCCUUUUAUUUUCCUUUGUGGCCUUUUCUUUUCUGGAUCCGUUCCUACUCUUUUCUGACUCAGUCUUCCUGAAGAAUUAGAUACUUCAAUUGUCCCUACUACAAACCUCUUCCCUCCCUUUGCCCUACAUUCCAAGACACAGAAUCUCUAAUCUUGGCAUUUCAGACUGAUUUUAGACAUAAGAUUUUUCACUUUGGAUGAAUCCAUGGCAGUGGUGUAUUUUUGUGAGACAGGUAAAGACAUUGACACAAAUCAGUCAGUCCUGAUUUUUCCCUCCACUCCCUCUCACAAAACAUGGAAGACUACUUUAUUAUAGAAAAGCCCAGAAGAUGAUAAAUACAUUUUAAAAACUUUUUUUUGUGAAAAUGGAACUCCAUUUUUUGUUCUAUCAAUAACAU